GGCCCGGUCGCGCCGAGGCUCGAGCGGCCGUCGCCAUUUUGUAGGGUUCUCUCUGACGCGGGAGCCGCCGCCACCGCCGCCGCCACCCGGAGGCUCUUGUCAGGAUGGUGAAGCUGUUCAUCGGAAACCUGCCCCGGGAGGCCACAGAGCAGGAGAUCCGCUCACUCUUUGAGCAGUAUGGGAAGGUGCUGGAAUGUGACAUCAUCAAGAACUACGGCUUUGUGCACAUAGAGGACAAGACGGCGGCCGAGGAUGCCAUCCGCAACCUGCACCACUACAAGCUGCACGGGGUGAACAUCAACGUGGAAGCCAGCAAGAAUAAGAGCAAAGCCUCAACCAAGUUGCAUGUGGGCAACAUCAGUCCUACUUGUACCAACCAGGAGCUUCGGGCCAAGUUUGAGGAGUAUGGUCCAGUCAUUGAAUGUGACAUCGUGAAAGAUUAUGCCUUCGUACACAUGGAGCGGGCGGAGGAUGCAGUGGAGGCCAUCAGGGGCCUUGACAACACAGAGUUUCAAGGCAAACGGAUGCACGUGCAGUUGUCCACCAGCCGGCUUCGGACUGCCCCCGGGAUGGGAGACCAGAGCGGCUGCUAUCGGUGCGGGAAAGAGGGGCACUGGUCCAAAGAGUGUCCGGUAGAUCGUACGGGUCGUGUGGCGGACUUCACCGAGCAGUAUAACGAACAGUACGGAGCGGUGCGCACGCCUUACACCAUGGGCUACGGGGAAUCCAUGUAUUACAACGACGCGUACGGAGCCCUCGACUACUACAAGCGCUACCGGGUCCGCUCUUACGAGGCAGUGGCAGCGGCGGCAGCGGCUUCCGCGUACAACUACGCGGAGCAGACCAUGUCCCAUCUGCCUCAAGUCCAGAACACGGCUGUGACCAGUCACCUCAACUCCACUUCUGUUGAUCCCUACGACAGACACCUGUUGCCGAACUCAGGUGCCGCCGCCACCUCGGCUGCUAUGGCUGCCGCCGCUGCCAACACGUCCUCCUAUUACGGAAGGGACAGGAGCCCCCUGCGCCGUGCUGCCGCUGUGCUCCCCACGGUCGGAGAGGGCUACGGCUACGGGCCGGAGAGUGAGCUGUCUCAGGCUUCAGCCGCUGCCCGGAAUUCUCUGUAUGACAUGGCCCGGUAUGAGCGGGAGCAGUAUGUGGACCGAGCGCGGUACUCAGCCUUUUAAAAACUGGAGGUAGGAUAAUUGCGGACUGAACCCUCGGGCUGCGGUCAUAUAUGAGAACUUGCUCCGCGCGGUCCCCUUUGCCGGGAUGUUUCCAUUGCUUCAUGUUUCAGUAAACAAAGGAGUUUGUGACCAACUAUGUUUUCUUUCUUAAUUUAAUUCUUCUAAGUUGACUUUUCUUUCCUCCUGAUACUAGUUUCUGUAGCCUUUCACUCUGUUCCUUACAUUCUCAGCCUCUGAGCGGCCCUAGGUAAGGAUUAUGCUGGCAUCCCCUUUUUCCUGUACAGUGGAACCCCUCUUAUCUUGCUUUCCUUAGGAGUUGAACCCUUCUCCCUGUCUACCUGCAACAUCUCCUUUCCCUUUAAAAUGACCAUGUAGUGGCAAGCGACCUUUUACUCUUCUCUGUUAGCUCUGGACUCUAACAUUGAAGCUAAUCUUCUGAAACUGCUAGGACCAUUGGGGUUUUGGGGGUGGGGGUGUUGUUGUUUUGUUUGUUUGUUUUGUUUUUUUAUGUCUGACCUGUGAUCGUGGUACAGCAUUAGCUGAAAUUUAGCCUGUUUUACUCCACUCCUCCCACUUUUUUUUUUUUUUUUAAUAUUUUGACAAAUAAACGUUUCUAACACUUAAGUA